GCCCGAGUACCUCACAACAGAACCACUCACAAUCUAGGAUCAAGAAUCCUAACUGAUCAAAGUACCUUCACUUGGCAAAGCUCAUCAAAUUCUUUCCACCUCAUUGCUGGCUUGUUACUGUUCUCUGCCCUCCAAUCUGAAAGAAUCUGGGUUAGAUCAUUGCAAAGCUGGUAAGUUCUUGGCACUCUCUGGAGAAUGGUCUUGCUCGUCUUUUGAAGAUGCUGG